UGACGUGAUUUGUGUUGGGAUUGACUCGACAUUCGCAGAGAGUUUACACAACAUUAGUAUUAAUUGUGCUUUAAUUAGCAUUUGGUCUCCAAUUGAGAAACAAGUGUUGAGUUUGUCUUUCAAUCCAUUGAUUAACCAGAGAUCUGAUCGCAGUAUUGAGUGAACGAUGACUAAAAUGAUGCCCAGUUUCUCGGCCGCGGGUCUCCGCAAGAACCCAUCGUUGAUCCCAUUAUUCUUCUUCGCGGGUUUG